AUGCCGCCCGACCCACGCCCACUAGACGAAGAAGACGACUACGAGUCCUCCCAGGAUUCCGACUUUGCCCCCGAAGACGAGGCGGCCCUGGCACACGACGACUCGGGCGGUUCAGACGCAGACGAUGCCGACGCAGCCACCAAGCGCAAGCGGCCCGCCGCCGCGGGCGACGAGGCCGAGGACGCGGGGUUCGAGAACUCGGGCGACGAGGCAAUCGUAAAGAAGGGAAACAAGAAGAAGAAGCGCAGGAAAGAACAGAAUGGCAUCGCGGCGGACAAUGACGGCGACGAAGAAGGCGGCGAGGGCGGCCUCAGGGAGGAGAAGAAGAAGAGGAAGAAGAAGAAGAAGGAGAAGGAGAAGGAGAGAAGGCGAAAAAGGGCUAACGAGAACGCAGGAAGGAAGAGAAGAAAGCCGCCGCCAUUGCCGGCCCCGUCACCGUCGACGUCGACGCCCUCUGGGCGCAGAUGCUGUCCGGCACGCCAGCGCCAGCCGCCCCCCGCGUCGAAGAGGCUGAUGCCAUGGACCUCGACACCCCGAGCGCGGCACCCCCGCCUUCCCGAAGCCGAGACGGACGACCCGUCAGCCAUGAUCCGCAUCAAGCGCACCUACAACUUUGCCGGCAAGGUGCACACGGAGGAGAAGCUCGUGCCGCGCGACUCGGCCGAAGCGAAGCUUCACCUCGCUGCGCAGGGCGACGUGCUCCCGACGACGUCCGCCUCCGACGAGCAGGACGCGCCUCGCGUUCUGCCGCAGGGCGUUUCGGUCAUCGUUUGA